UUACCUCUUUUAUGUAUCAUGUUUCAGCUCUUGGGAAUGAAUGGAGUGUGACAUACAGCCAACUUAAACUCUGUGCUUUAAACAGAUCUACAGUGAUUAUGAACGUUUCUUACACACACCCACUAAGUCUUACAGUGACAAAGAGGUUUUGGUUAAUUAACCCAGUUCCGGGAAAAGAGUGGACUGAUCUGUAUAAUGUAUCAGGUUACUCAGGCAGAGUGACAUAUUUAACAUAUGUACAGAAUCACUUCCACCUCAGACUGAGUGAUGUGAAGAAAACAGAUGAACAGAUGUACUACUUCAGAAUUGAAACAGACAUAGAGAAAGAAACAUACCUGGGUUUUCCUGGAGUUAUACUCAGUGUGACAGAUCUUGAUCUUCAGAUUGCUCCUGCAGAAGUGACAGAAGGACAAUCAGUCAUUCUGACCUGUAAAACCACCUGCAGUCUGACUGAUCCAACAUUCAUCUGGUACAAAAACAGCAGAGAUUUAACCACAAAGACCAGCAAGAACAAGGAAGUCCUUCUGCAGUCGGUCAGCAGUGAGGAUGCAGGCAGUUAUAGCUGUGCUGUAAGAGGAUAUGAACAUCUCCACUCUCCUGUUCAAACCCUCAGAGUCAGAUGUGAGCUUUAUUUACCUUCUUAUAUAUACUUUAUAACCUGAUAGUUAAUAAAGGAAAACAAAAUAAAGUACUGAUGUAAGU